CGGAGCAUUGGUAACGCACGCAACUCGGAGGCACACCGCCACAGACACUUUGAAGUUGGAACGUCUCAAUAAAAAAUAAAAAAAGGUAUCAUGAGUAGAGCCUAACACAGGCUAAAGAUGGAAAGCUGCAUAUUAAGAAGCUGCAGUCCAGCCGACAGAUUGUCUGAUAUAUGCAUAGGGGACCGGGUGACCGUAAUGGUUGGGCGAAAUAGACAGACACAGCUAACGGACACGAGAUGCUCCAGGGGUCAGCUGGAGGUCACAGCCUAUUAUGAUGACAGGUGUAUUCUAGUACGACACGUCGGCAGGAAUCCUUGCCGUGUUGGUUCACAGCUACUGCAUGGCGGUGACAUACUCUACCUAUGUAAUGGUGAAAAGCUGUGUUUGCUUUACGAAAGUUACUGUUAUGCAGUGACUUUCCCAGGGAGAUCGGUUGUCAAACAGUUGCCAGGCAUGAGUGAUGAGACUGAGAGGGAUGCUGUCAUUAAGGUGCAGGGACAUGACUCCAAGAAUGGCUCGAAUGUUCGGGGGCAGCCUACAGAACAUCACGUAAGAAGAGCUGCGCUCGGCAAAAGCAGUCCUGACUCAAGUUUUGAGGGCAAAUACAAGCGUCAAGUCGAAAAAGCUGCUCAAAGUGUGGCAGCAAAGAACGAUGCCAGAGGAAUAGCGGACUUUUUCAAGGUUGUGCCGUCGAGCGCGAAGAGGCGUGCAGAUACUCCCGACGAAAUCCAGCGGAGCAAGCGCAGCCGUGCAAAUAGCAGCGAUGAAGAGGAGGCUGCAGAAGAGAAGCUGCAGCAGAUGCGACGAUCGCUGAAGCCACACGAUUCCACUCGCGAGCCGACUACCGCCGACGCGCCGCAGUGCCAGCCGAGCGGCUGGACCGAGCGAGACGGGAAGCUGCACGUUUACACGUCGCCGGGGGUGACCGCGUCGCCGAAGAUCGCCGCGUUCGACAUCGACGGCACGAUCGUCACGACACGUUCGGGUCGCGUGUUUCCUGUCGACACCGACGACUGGCGCCUCCUGCUGGCGGAGAUUCCCGGCCGACUGAAGCAGCUGCGGCGCGACGCGUACAAGCUCGUCUUCAUCACCAACCAGAAGGGAAUUCAGACGGGCAAGGUUCGGCUGGCGGACUUCAAGCGUAAGGUGGAGCGCAUCGUCGCAAAGCUGCAGGUGUGCGUGCAGGUGCUGGUGUCGACUGGCUCCGGCGUGUACCGCAAGCCCAUGCUCGGCAUGUGGCGCCACCUGUGUGAGCGUGGCAACGACGGCGUGCCCGUCGACGCUGCAGCGAGCUUCUACGUCGGCGACGCGGCCGGCAGGGAGGCGAACUGGGCGCCGAAGCGCAAGAAGGACUUCUCGUGCGGCGACCGGCUGUUUGCGCUGAACGCCGGAAUCCGCUUCUACACACCCGAAGAGUUCUUCCUCGGCCAGAAGGCGUGUACGCUAUACAGAAUGCCGACCUUUGACCCACGCAUGUUGAAGGCGUCCGCGCCUCUCGUCGACCCGCCGACCGCGGUUGUCGCGGCGUCGACCCGAGAGGUCGUCGUCUGCGUCGGGUUGCCGGCGUCCGGGAAGAGCUUCUUCGUGAAGAAGUGGCUGAUUCCUCGCGGCUACGUGCGCGUCAAUCGCGACCUGCUCGGCUCCUGGCAGAAGUGCGUCGUGCGCUGCCAGAGGGAGCUGGCGGACGGACGCAGCGUCGUCGUCGACAACACGAACCCGGACGCGGAGUCGCGAGCGCGAUACGUGGAGUGCGCGAGGCAGGCUCGCGUCGCGUGCCGCUGUUUUCUCUUCGAUGUCUCCAUCGAACACGCGCGUCACAACAACGACUUCCGGUUGUUGUCCGGCACGGACGGAGCCCACGUUCCUGUCAACGAUAUGGUGCUCAACUCUCACAGGGCGCGCUACCAGCAGCCGACUCUCGCAGAGGGUUUCACGGAGAUCGUCAAGGUAAACUUCGUGCCAGACUUCACCUGCGAGGCGGACGAGCGACUUUACAGGCAAUACAUUCUAAGCAAGUAAUCUUGAUGCUGCUGUAAUAGUGUGUGAGGCACUGUAUAUGCGUAAAUAAAUGUUAAUAUAUAUUCUCAUCAAUGGGCAAUGGUAGUAAUUGGGUGAAUUUUCGCUGACUCUUUACUCACAUUCUUAGUCAUAAUGGUUUCAAUAUUUAUAUAUUUCUUCACGGUCAUUAUUGCUAAUAAUUUAUUAUUUGAGUCUUGGUAUCAUUAAGAGGAUAGUAACCAAACAUAGAUCCAGCUAUUCAUGUGUUCAUCACUGGUGCCUGAAUUUCAAAGAAAAUGUGGCAAUAACAUGGAAAAUCAAUGUCUAGCUAUGUAAUAUGGGAGUAUUUCUACCAAUAGAUGGCAGCACUUAUCUAUGUGAUCCGAUAUUACUACAAUGUAUCAGUAUUGUAUACAAUACAUAAUGAGGAAACUAUAACCUGCAGGUCGCGCCAGUAUUGAUGCGGUCCGGACAACCGUUGCGGGUAAUGUUUCAUAGAUAUAGAAUACAUCUUCUAUUCUAUUUCUAUGAUUAUUAACAUUUGCAGUUAUACAUAAAGCGAAUACAUAACAUGCGAAGUUACAUAUAACUACAGAAGUUGUGUAUGUAUG